CCUGCACUCCUUCCCCUUUUUUAAGCUACCUUUUUUCAUAUAAAACCAAAACUUUUAAAUAUCCAUAAAAAAAAAUCCUUAAUUAUAUUUUUUGUUGUCUUUUUUUCUCAUAAAAAGUGUCUUUUGUAUAUUUUGUUCUUCAUAAAGAUUGGUUUUUUUCUAUCAUUUUAAUUUCUGAAAAAAAAGUUUAUCUUUUUAUUUUCUGGGUAUUUGUUUUUUUGAAGAAAAAUAAGCUAUAAAAAUUAUAAAAAAUUAAAAUUAAAAAAACAUGAAGUUUUGCAAGACAUAUCAAGAGUACAUGCAAAAUUGGGAGAGAGAGUUUCCAGGAGUUGGAUUCAAAAAUUUGAAGAAAAUUCUGAAGAAGUGUAGGCAUGACAUUGAUUCCCACAAUUCCUGUGAUGAUAAUGGUGAUUUAAUUCCUUCUAAUUGCCCUCAUCAAUGUCCUGUAUGCGAUGGUACAUUUUUCCCAUCACUUCUCAAAGAAAUGUCUGAUGUAGUGGGUUGUUUCAAUGAGCGUGCUCGAAAGUUGCUUGACUUGCAUUUAGCAACGGGGUUUAAGAAGUAUUAUGUAUGGUGUAAAGGAAAGCAUAACCAUGUAUCUUUGAUUCAAGAGGGGCAGGACCUUGUCACUUAUGCCAUGAUCAAUGCAAUUGCAGUUCGGAAAAUUUUGAAGAAAUAUGAUAAGGUUCAUUAUUCUAAGCAAGGUCAAGAAUUCAAAUCACGCGCUCAGAGGAUGCACGUUGAGAUCCUCCAAUCGCCAUGGCUUAGUGAGCUCAUGGCCUUUCACAUUAAUUUAAGGGAUAAAAAGGCAAACGCAAGAACGGGACCUUAUUUGUUUGAGGGCUGCGUUCUUAAAUUUACAGAUGGAAAGCCGUCACUGACUUGUGAGCUCUUUGAUUCUGUGAAGGUGGAUCUUGACUUGACUUGUUCUAUUUGUUUGGAUACAGUGUUUGACCCUGUUGCUCUUACCUGUGGCCAUAUAUUCUGCUAUAUGUGUGCCUGCAAUGCUGCAUCUGUGACUAUAGUUGAUGGCCUGCAGGCCACAUCUCCAAAGGAGAAGUGUCCAUUGUGCCGAGAGCCUGGGGUGUACGAGGGCGCUCUGCACUUGGAGGAGCUUAAUAUUUUAUUGAGCCGAAGGUGCCAUGAGUACUGGGAAGAGAGACUUCAGUCAGAAAGGUUGGAGAGGAUAAAGCAAGCAAAAGAACAUUGGCAAUUUCAGUGCCGAGCUUUCAUGGGUGUUUGAACUUAAUUGCAGGUGCUGAUUCCAUCAGCCUUGUUAGGUGAUCGACCUUUUGGAUUUAGCUUCUUGGAUUUGCUUUAAUUUGAUUGUUGAAAGCCUUGGGCCUUUACCCUGGUGCAUAUUUUCCAGUUUUUGUGCAGUAAUAGCUUUGUUGUCUGUAAAAUAAAAACUUUUUAACCAAUAAGGUACUUCGUUGAGUGGUCAGACAGAAAUCUCUGGUUGGACUGUAGAGUGCUUUACCCUUUAGGUGUUCGGAAAAGAAUCCAUUUCUCUGGUUGGAUUUUUUAGUGCUUUAGGAAUGUUGAGUGGAUCAUAAGCGUGUAAACUUAAACCCGAUAAAAAUUAGCAUGGGAAUGGGACUAUGAAUGACUAUUAUUCUCUUUUAUUCCUUUAAGUGAACUUGAAUGUUAGUGGGAAAUAUUUGUCUACCAAUUACCUCAGCAACCAGUAGCCUUAAACCAAGAAUUUAUUAUAGGUGAUAGCAAGUCUUCCUGGGAGGAGUUUACAGUAGUUUUGUUUGGUUGGCACAAAUUUAGACUCAAUCUCAAACUAAGUUCGAGCUUGUCAAGCUCAUAUAUUAUAGGUUUGGCUCAAUUCAUGUACCUUAUGCUGAAGAUAGACAAAUCAGAACAUGAUGCCCAGUUUAGACCUUGUAAUACUUCUUAGUCAUUGAAGUACUUACUGGGGUAGUUUCUUUCAGUCACGGAUGAUUUGGUGAGCCAGUCAUAAAUGAUUAUUGUUUUUUGGCUCACGAAACGCCAAAGAAGAAGAAAGCUAGCAUGGAGCUUUAUAGAUGAUAAUAUGCCUUUUACUGAGACAGUUUCUUUCAGUCACGCAUGGAUGAUUUGUGCUAGUCAUAAAUGAUAAUAUGCCUUUUUAACCAUGGAGUUUUAUAAAUGAUAAUUGUUUGGUGGCUCAUGAAAUGCUGAAGAAGAAGAAAGCUAGCAUGUUAUCAACAAUCUUUGAUGUAGACCUGAAUAAAAGCCUAUGAGCUUUGUUGAGAAAGUUCUCAAGAGCAGCGGGGUUUAAACAUCCGGUUGCAGUUUUGCAGUUGGAAGGCUUUCUGUGGAACAUGCUAUGUUCGAGGAACUUAAAGAAUACGAAAAUGGCCAUAAACUUCAAAGAAGCGUGAAGAUACACUUCACUGUCAGCAUAUAAUUAAAUCUUUCUCUGUAAAGUAUGCAUGGGCUGAGCAAUUGUGAUAAUAAGUAGAAUGUGUCGUCAAUGUAAAGGGGUUGAAGAAAAGAAUAGAAAUUGGUUGAUCUAAGGUGACAGUGUAUAUACCCUAGGGCGAGAACCUAGGGUAUAUAUGGUUCAUUGGGAGGUAAUUCAGAUUGCAGGCCUAAUCUCACCAAGUAGGACUUGGGAUAGUUCAAAAGAACUGACGGACUUAAAGGAGAGAAACAAAUGAGAUACUCCGUAUUAGCUGAAGAAUAUAGGACUGAAAGUUAAACGAGGUUGAAGAGGAAAUGAAAGCUGCAUGCUGUUGUAUUUUAUUGAAGGGUACUUGGAGGAAGCAAACGUAGUGGCAGACGAAACAGACAACAUAUAUGCUACCUUGACACUUCAAGCAGAAGCAUAUGCGGUCAGCAUGUUUGUACGAUGAUAGCACAGAUGGAGGCGCCAUGGGAUGAUAGCAUUAAAGGAGGCAAAUACUUGGCCAUGGUUAUAUUCAAAUGAUGUCAAAAGUCUAGCAAACAAGGAUAUUUUAAGAAACUAUUUUAAUGUACUCCAUUUCAAGACGUGCUUUAUUUUUCGUC